UUUAAAUAAGGUGGUUACUUUGGAUUACCUAGGCUGACCAGACGUCCUCUUUUUCCCGGACACAUCCUCUUUUUGAGACCUAAAAACGUGUGAAACUCAAACUUUGAAACAAUUUCAAAGUUUGGUAGCGUAGUGUGUGGUUAAAGCAAUAUAUUUCAAAACGACUUUGUCGUCACAAACCGUUCUUACCUAAUCUGCUUUUAAAUACAUUAACAGAAAACCACAGCAUGCACAUCAUAACUCAAGAAUUGGGCCCUUACGAAAAUUAGCAAAAGGCCAUGAAUAAUACAGGAGGAAGCCAAGACUCUGCUUGUACCAAGUUAAACACGACCCUGUUUGGAGGAAGCAAAAUCUCAGGUUAAUAGAUGAAUAGCUACGCUUGCUAAUAUAAUUACACAGUGUAAUUAGGUUUAGUCAUUCUCAUCUUCUAUAACUGCUUGUCCUCUAGAGGGUCGCGGGGGCUGGAGCCUAUCCCAGUUGUCACUGGGUGAGAGUCGGGUACACCGGGAACAGGUCACCAGUCUAUAAAAGGGCUAACAGACAGACCCUGCCUCUCACCGAUGACAGCUGGGAUAGGCUCCAAUCCCCCACUACCCUCUAGAGUACAGGUGUCAAAAGAAAAUAUCUGUUAGCCUUAAUUUGUCCACUGUGUUACUCAGAAAAGUGGCCAGAACACAACAGUGAGACCCAGGAUUAAACAGCAGACGGCAAUGUGACCACAUUGCAGUUAUUUAUUUAUUUUUUUAAGACAUUUAAUUUUUUUGUAAGGAUGGUUUAUUAAAAAUGAACAUUUUACUUGUUCUUCUUUGCACUAAAACAAAUGGAAAAAAUCUGGAGUUGUUACUUAUAGUUUAUUAUGCUGUUAUGUAACUAGUCCGGCCCACUUGAAAUCUAACUGGGAUGAAUGUGGCCCCCGAACUAAAAUGAGUUUGACACCCCUGCUCUAGAGGAAAAAGCAGUUAUAGAAAAUGAGAACAAAUUCUGUAAGAUAUAGUUUCUUGCUAAGAGUUAAGGUCCAGUCAUACCAGAAAGUGAUCAACAACUUGCUAACACAUGUUGGGUCCACCAUCCAGGGGUUCUUUAAAUAUAGUCCUGUAUUAUUUAUGUAUUUUGAAUAUUAUUAUUGGCUUAUUACUGUAUAUUGUUACCAUUUCUCCUAACAUAAUUUCACUGGAGAACAGAGUUCUCUUAAGUAUGGAAAAGAGAAAAUAUCUUCAAGCUAAUGAGGUUGCUAACUUCUAGCUACCAUGCUUGUUUGGUCAUUUCUAAUGAGGCAAUAAUAUAAUGUAUUUUAACUACUAACUCUUGCUGUUGUUCAGAAUUUUAUACUCACUAGCAGUAACAUUGUCAGGUUUGUGUGUUAGCUGGAGCCAGGCAGUGGUUAACUAAGUAAUCUGGAAUCACAGUUUUAUAACUGUGCCCGCUAUCUGCCUCCAAAGUUGAAUGGAAAAUAUUUGCAAUGCUUCCUCCACACUAAAACAGUUUUUGAUGUGCAACACACAUAACCACACCCAGCUGUGGUCAGGUUCAAAGUCUGUUUUACCCUUCAGUAUCUCCAAAGCAUGGACAGCCAUUUCCCCCAUCUAAUUAGGUCCUUAAAUAAAAUCAGUUUAUUGAUUAGUUUGAUUAGAUGAACAAUUGGCAAUAGACGUGCAAUCUGGAAAGAAAUGCAUUAAAUAUUAAUUAAUAAUAAUAAUAAUAAUAAUAAAUUAAUAAUGUUUUCCUUAUUUUUGUACUUUUGUGAUAUUAAUGGUAUUGUUAAGGGCCAAAAAAAGGUCAUCCAACUACAUGCUAUGGUUUGCACUUGUAAGCACUUAAAGUUUAAAUCAAGUAGCUGAAGGGGAGGCUGUUUAUCUUCAUGGUAAUCUGCCUCCACAUGCAGAAAAGAGAGCAGCAGAGAAGCAGCGUCUGACCACACGUUUCACAAUUACUUCCUUUAGUGCGAUGAAUAUACACACAGGUACAUUUGCAAAGCAGUCGACCACAGACACUCUGCAACAGCUGAAACAAGCCAGCACAGAGGGAUGCAGAGAUGUAAUGGACAUAAAGGUGAAUUGGACAGCAUCGUAACCUCUUCUAUGUGCCAACCAAGAGCACAAACAAGUAUUUUCAGUGGCUGUCACCCUCACUACUAGGUGUGAUUCUGUGUUUCUUUAUCUCUAACAACUCGUGAACUCUUUAAUCCACAUAAGCCCAUGAUGCUUCUCUUAAUCCAUCCAAUCUGUUGUGUGUCUAAACUUAACAGCCCCACUCAAUAAAUCGGGGUCAGUAGAGAAGGUAGGUUGGUGAGUUUAACGAGAAAAAAUAACCAUUAAAUCGAUGAAGAUUCACGCCUCUUUCACCCAGAUUGUGUUAGAUUCUGAUCAUUCGACAGAUACGAGAACUAAUGACUGGACAAGAGUUUGAAGACGUGGGAAGGUCUGAAGAUUUCUCUGAGAAAAUACAACCCCAAGACCAAAUGGAGAGUGAGUGGAACGGGUAUUUUGGCAAUCAUCCAUCGAUGGAGUUUGAUAUUAACCCUCAUCUCAUCGGCAGUGAGGUGGGAAGCAACAACUCAGAAGCAUACUGCAACAUCUGGAACAAUGCACAAGUCAAGAAUUGUAACAGUGGGUCAUUUGCCAUGGAUGCUAGAAUAAGACUGGAUAAUUUAAAGUCUGGGUGUAAUUCGCCUUUGUCUUGCUGCAACUCUAAUAGUACAUUGUACAACUAUAACUAUGAGAAAGACCUCUGGAACUGUGAGGACACAGAGGAGGAACAGUCUGCUUUGGACUUGGUGGAGAUCCUUGAUAUAGCAGAUGACGUGCAGGAUGAAGAGAGCUGGUUAUACGAGUCCCCAAAAAAGUCAUUGUUUGUGGAGACAAAGGAGUCAGCUCUCCGAUGGUGUCGACACGUUCUUGAUAACCCCAGUCCUGAGAUGGAGGCUGCAUGUCGUCUACUCACAAAUAUGUUGGAUCAAAGUAAGCAAGCAACGACGACUCAGUAUUCUGGAUCAAGUCGUCAUUUCUACAGACGUCCUGCAGGUUUCCAUUAUGCUGCUGGUGUGUCUCUGGGCUCCUCUGUGGACAAAACAUGUGUUGGUACAACGCACAUUAUGUCUGACAGUCUAGAUUACAAUGAUCGAAACAUCUCCCACGGCUCGGUAACCACAAGCUAUCGCCUGCAAGACAUAACCGAUGUUCAUAUGGUGGCCCGAUUACAGGAAGAGAGUUUAAGACAGGACUAUGUUUCCAUGCCUUCCACUGCUUUGUCUAGAAGAAGCCAUCAGUCUCCACUGGAGCUGCCGCCCUGUUUUCACAGCGCAGGUGAAAGUGCUGAUGACUGCACUUCAGGAAAUAAAACUGAGGCAUCAUCUUCCCUUUGUCAGCAGCCUGCUCUGUCGUCACUGAGCUCAGCCUCUUGCCAGUCACCAGCAUCAGUAGCUAAGCAGGUCUACCACAGUCCCAGACUGGCCAGGCUUCACCAACAAGUCACCCAAUUCAAGCUGCUUAAACUGGCUCAGAAUCAAGCAUCUCCAAACAAGACAAGGCCACCGCUACAAACCAGCCUCCGCUCCCUCCAGGCAGUCAGGAACAGCAGGAGCUUAGAGGGUGAUGACUGCCAACCUCCUGACCAAAGCAUUUACCCUCCACCAGGUGUGUCUCCUUCCACCAGAACAGGGCAAAGCUGUCGCCCUACACCACUUUCCCUGGCACCUCCGAACUCCAGCAGCUCGAUGACAGGCUCAUCAGUCAGGGCCACGGCCAUGAGGAAGCUGCAAAGGUCUCACUCUCUCAGCCCCUGUAGGCUCCCUCUCUCUGCUAAGGGAUACAUGUCUAGUCAUGGGCGCGUUUUUGCCUCACCAGACAGGCCCAUCGCCACAGCUUGGGCCAGACAUGCACCAUCCAUCCAGCGGUGAAAGACUUCACAAUUAAUAAUGUGGCACAGGCGGAGCAUAUGUAAAUUCAUGCUAGCAACUGCAAUGGUUUGGUAUAUACGCUAACAUAAUCACAUAAAUACAACAAGAUUAGUGUCUAAAUUGAAAUCAUUUAUAGUAUGUUGUUCUGGGCAACAAUAUAUUGUAUGUGCUGUGUCUGUAUGAUGAUGUUUCAGUUAAUUGUACUUGGAUCUGGGUCCUGUCCCUCUGAAACAGCUUGUAGAUGAAAACACCAGACUGUGCGUUUGGCAGGUUUCGAUAUAAACACUGAUGGAUGCUGGAAGGAUGAAUCUGAUAUUACUAAAAAAAAGUCAUGUGGACUAUUUGUGUUGAAGUUGUGGGAGCACUGAUGAAAGUACUCAUCUGAGACAAUCCUUGAAAUAAUGAUUGAUUGAUUGAUUGAUUGAUUGAUUGAUUGAAUGAAAUGCUUGACUGUACAAAGCUGUUCUCAUAGACAACUGUUUUGAAUGUGGGAGUGCAGUGCAGUUGAUCAUAGAGCGGGUUGUAUUUGCUGCAGCGCUGUCACAACAGGAAGUGCACAGUUCGCCACCCUGUAUGAGAAACUGAAGAGGUGAUCUCUGCAUAAUAGUGAGCAUCAUUAACAGGAAGCAGAAGCGUAAGCUUUCGGUUGGUGUCAAGCCUUCCUAAAAAUUAUUCAGCUGAGUAAUUCAUAACUCCCUCUGUGAAUAUAUUUAGUAGAUGUCUAAGUCUAUCUAAUACUAUGUGGCAAACCCCAGAGAAAGUCCAUUUCUCUCUUCGUGUCCCAACAUGUCACCUAAGGCCCAGUGCCGUUUACACUGCUGUGGUUUUCAGUCUUUCUUUCAUUCCGAACAAAUUCAUCAAAAGUCACUUUCUGUUCAGUUGUCUUUGAUUCCCUUCUCUGCUUGUCUGAAUGGGACCAUUUAUCAUUACAGGUAAACACAAAUUAAGUCACUGUUCAAAUGUUUAACACGUGACAAUAUUAAAGGACUCAUGAAUGGGUUGUACUCGUUUAGAUUGCGCAUGUAACAAAAGAAAUACAUACCUGACUUUUGAAUGUGAAGCAAAGUUUGUUAGCUACAGUUUGGGCUGUGGUUUGGUGCUGGAGCCCCCUCUGCUGUUCAGUUAAUGUUUUAUUUAUGAAUUUUAUUUCUCUGCUGCAGCUCAGGUGUCUGAGUGAUCUGUAGACAUGUGAAAUCUAUACGAGCAGUAAGAACACUACUUGUAGCCAACCUGAUUUUAAUAAUGUCAGUAAUGAAUAAAAAAGAAAGCUUU